GCAAAACGCAAUUCUUCAUAUUUUUCAAGUUCAGCUGAAUGUUGAAUUGAAGUUUCGUUUUCGCCUAAUCGCCUUUCGGCAUUCGUAUAUUAUUCGACGUCAGCCUACGCCUUACGGUUACUUACGGCUGCGACUGCGACUGCUGCGGUUUCUAUAUUGCGUGUGAAAAAAUUAUUAUUAUCCCGGGUAUCGUUUACAGUUGCGUUUGUUUUACAGGUAGAUUGAGACGGUGAAAGCUCUAUCGAACUGGCGAAGAAGCCGAAGAGCCAAAGGCGACCGCGAUAUUCGUUUCUGCGACCUGCGUGUCCGUUAUUCUGUUCCAUCAUUCUUACGGAGAAUUUCUCGCGACUGCAUUCUCGCGCUGCCCUCGAGAAUUCCGCACUACCGCAUUGACGAAUUUUGUUAUCGGCGUUAUCUAGCAAAAUUUUGUUAACCGACAACAGUUAUGUUGAAUCUCAAGUAUUGGUUGUAUUGCUCGUUAACCUUGGUCGCGAUCGUGCUCGCUCUAAUAUUUGCUCCUGGAUUGCCGCCUUACGAUGCUGAAUUCACCGCGUACGAGCUGCCUCCAACCAAAAAGUUGCUCGGUGCGUUAUCGCUGAACGAGAAAUUGGACGGAGCCGAACGAUUGUUCGAGAAUUUAAUCAAAGGCCCCGAAAGUCUCGCGUACGACGACGGAAUUUUGUACACCGGAGUUCACGGCGGACUUGUGUUGAAAAUAAUCGACGAUAAGUUGAUACCAUUCGUGAAAUUUGGAAAAUCGUGCGAAGGAAUACACCAAGAGCACAUUUGUGGCAGACCACUCGGCUUACAUUUGGAUCCAAGCUCCAAAGAUUUGUACGUAGCCGAUGCUUACUACGGUUUAUUCAAAGUUAACACAACUACCGGAACCGUGUCGCAGUUGGUGCGCCCAGAUACUCUUAUCGAAGGAAAAACUGCCAAGUUGUUUAACUCUUUGCUCGUCGCUUCCGAUGGCUCUGUUUAUUGGACGGAUUCCGAUAGUAAUUUCGAUUUAAAAAAUCUCGCAUAUUCCAUGCUUGCCGAUGGUAGCGGGCGUCUCAUCAAGUAUAAUCCUCAAGAUGGAACGAAUACUGUGCUUAUGAAUGGCAUAUCAUUUGCCAAUGGAGUCGCGUUGGCAAAGGACGAAUCCUUUAUUUUGGUCGCAGAAACGAUGAAAUUCCGCGUUCUGAGGUACUAUUUGAAAGGAGCUAAAAAAGGCAGUUUCGACGUUUUUGCGGACGGAUUACCUGGUUCGCCAGAUAAUCUGAGGAGCGACGAAAACGGAGAUUUUUACGUAGGCCUCGUUAUGGCUAGAGACGACCAAUUGACUCCGGCGUUUAUGAGAAAUAUGGGCCGAUAUCCUUUGAUUAGAAAAUUGAUCGCGCGACUUCUAGCCACCACGCAAAGCGCUCUCGAGCUGAUCGAUCGAAAUUGGCCGCAUAAUAUGUUGCAAAAAGCUAUCCAUUCGAUUGGUCACUGCGAAACGCUUUUGAACGUAUUUCCUCAAAUAAAACGCGUCAGUAUUAUCAAAUUCAAUAAGAACGGCGAUAUCAUCGACAGCCUGCAUUCGACGGACGGUCGUAUUUCAGGAAUCUGCGAAGUUCAAUUUGUUGGCGAAUACGCUUAUUUAGCUUCACCCUUCAAUCAUUACUUAGCCAGAGUGAAUUUACAACCGACAAAGAAACAAACUAACCGUCUCAACUGAAGCAUUGUACAUUCGCGUUAUGCGACGCUUCGUGUUCGAUACGAUUGCCAUCCGAACACGUACCUAAUUGUUAUUUUUCCUAAAUUGUACUCGAACUUACGUACGUAGUUGUACGUGUACUAUUACCUACCGAGUGUAUGUAGUUUCAGUUUUGUUUCAAAUAUGUAUGUAUGUAUGUACUUAUCUACUGCGGUUGUUGUAAUUCGUAAUAUACUCGAUUUUUUUUUU